UCUUGACCUUCUUGUCCACAUCGCCCCAUCGCUCUCCACCAUGUCCGACGAGCUCGAGUUCACGAACCAGAAGGAGGACAAGACCAUCAACAUCGCCCUCGACCCCGAGGCCGAGGCGCGCUUCGAGCGCAUCACCCGCGGUCUCGCCGAGGUCACUUCCGCCGACAUUAUCCGCAAAGUUCUCGCGGAUGGGGAGACACCCAGACUCUACUGGGGCACUGCGCCGACCGGCCGGCCACACAUCGCGUACUGCGUGGCUCUGAUCAAGAUCGCCGACUUUCUCAGCGCAGGCGUCCACGUCAAGGUCCUCCUUGCUGACAUUCACGCCUUCCUCGAUGCCAACAAGUCCACCAUGGAUGUCCUGCAGCACCGCGUCAAGUACUACUCGUACCUGCUGCACGCGGUGCUCACGACGCUCGGUGUUCCGACCGACAAGCUCGAGUUCGUGACCGGCUCGUCGUACCAGCUCAAGCCCGACUACACUUUGGACGUGUACCGCUUCAACUCGAUGACGACGGUCAAGCAGGCCGAGCACGCCGGCGCGGACGUCGUCAAGGCGUCCAGCUCCCCCCUCAUGUGCUCGCUCAUGUACCCCGGCCUGCAGUGCCUCGACGAGCAGUACCUCGACGUGCACAUCCAGUUCGGCGGCGUCGACCAGCGCAAGAUCUUCAUGUUUGCGGCUCACUACCUCCCGAAGCUCGGCUACGCCAAGCGCGCGCACCUCAUGAACGCCAUGGUGCCGGGCUUGAGCGGAGGCAAGAUGUCGGCGUCGGACCCCAAGUCCAAGAUCGACUUCCUCGACUCGCCCGCCGACGUCAAGGCCAAGAUCAAGGCGGCGGUGUCCGAGCCCGGCGUCGUCGAGGGCAACGGCAUUCUUGCCUUCGUCAAGGCCGUGCUCAUCCCCGCGCAGAUCAUGCGCGACGAGCAGGCACGCGCCAGAGGCGAGGAGCGCUACAUUGGCGAGCUGUCGUUCGCGUCGCCCACCUCGCCCCUCGGCACUGUGUUCACCAUUGCCCGCCCCGAGAAGUUCGGCGGCGACCUCCACUUCUCUUCGUACCAGGAGCUCGAGGACGCGUACGCUGCCGAGAAGCUUCACCCGGGAGACCUCAAGUCUGGCGUGACGGAUGCGCUUAUCCGCCUCCUCGCACCCAUCCGCAAGGUCUACGACUCGUCGCCCGACUGGCAGGAGGUCGACCGUCUCGGCUACCCGUCCAAGGUGUCUGAGGCGGACCGCAUCAAGGCGGAAAAGAAUGCCGCCAAGGCCGCUAAGAAGGCCAAGGGCUCGAACCGCCCCCCGACCGAGGAGGAGCGCGCCGCCCUCCGCCGAGAGAAGGAGGAGAAGAAGGCCAAGGAGCUCGCGGCCAAGAACGCUGCCGCGACCGCCGCCGGUGCCGCUGGCGCUUCGGGCGCCGCGCUCUCCGCUGGGGCCAACGCCCUCGCCCCGACCCCCACUGCUGGACCAAGCGCAGCUGUGCUUAACACGGACAUGCCCAAGCUGAAGCUCCUGUCCAAGGGCAAGGUUAGGGACAUUUACGCGCUGCCGGACGCAGCGGACGCGGACAAGCUGCUGUUCGUGGCGACGGACCGCAUCUCGGCCUUCGACGUGAUCAUGGACAACGGCAUCCCGCACAAGGGCGCGACGCUGACCCAGCUCUCCAUGUUCUGGUUCCACAAGCUGCAGCACAUCAUCCCGCACCACGUGCUGACGCCGUCGCUCGCCGGCCCUGCCCCCGCGUGCCUGCAGGGCGGCACGACGGCGUGGGACGAGUUCCCCGCCAGCUUGGCCGAGUACCGCGCGCAGCUCGAGGGCCGGUCGAUGAUCGUGCGCAAGUGUGAGGUCGUCAAGAUUGAGGCAAUUGUGCGCGGCUACAUUACCGGCUCGGCGUGGAACGAGUACAAGAAGAGCCAGACGGUGCACGGCAUCGCCAUGCCCCCCGGGCUGGUCGAGAGCCAAAAGCUCCCCAAGGCCAUUUUUACGCCCAGCACCAAGGCGGAUCUCGGCGACCACGACGAGAACAUCCACCCUGACAAGGCCAAGGAGAUCUGUGGCGCAGAGGUCGCGGCCGAGAUUGAGCGUGUUGCACUGGAGCUCUACAACACGGCGGCCGAGUACGCACUCGCGCGUGGCCUCAUCCUCGCCGACACCAAGUUUGAGUUCGGCCUGCUCGACACGCCGAACGGCAAGCAGCUGAUCCUCAUCGACGAGGCGCUCACGCCCGACUCGUCGCGCUACUGGUCCGCCGCGGCGUACGUCGAAGGCAAGCCCCAAGACAGCUUCGACAAGCAGUACCUGCGCGACUGGCUGAUCCAGGGCGGGCUCAAGGCGAAGGAGGGCGUCGCGCUGCCGGACGACGUGGUCGCGGAAACCAAGGCCAAGUAUGAGGAGGCGCGGGAUCGCGUGAUGGGCUUGGGCCAGUUCGCGUGAGCCGCGAGCUCGUCAACCCACGCUUGUAGGCCAUACAUAUGCUACAACUGUACAAAUCCA